AGCGGGCUUCAUGAACAGAAGGUUCUGGCGCCGACAAAUGAGAAGCGGAAACGAAGAAAUGUGAUGGCAUUGAUUGAAGUGAGUCGACUCGUCGGACCCAGUCAGAGCGAGUUGAGAUAGAGCAGUUAAGAAACAGUAGAAGGUGAAAAUGACGGAUGUGACCCCACUUUCGGACCAGACCACUCCCCGAGUUAAAGAAGUGAGAAAAAACUGCCUGUUGGCCACUCGCGCGCUAUCCCCGACCAAGGGCCUUACCGUCAUUUUGUUUGGAAACUAGUAGUAAAAAUUUAUUUGUUGUUUUCUCAAGUAUUUUUUUCUUGGAAAUAUCUUCCCUUUUCUGGGAUGCUUUUACUUGGCGACUCAUGGACCAAGAGAGAACCAAAAAAAUAAAUCACAAAAAAUAUAUUACAACCU